CAAAACUUUAUUGCUACUACUAGUACUUAAUGAAAUGAAGCCAGUUCUUAGUGCAGGUUUUACAGGCUUGUAACGAUUUUUACGACUAAAACAGCAACAAAGUAAAUGAAAAAGAAAAGAAAAUGUUAAUGAAAUAUUAAUAUCCAAAUGUUUAGGACACGAUUUAAGUGACGAAACUCACAAGAGCGUGGUUAUUAAUCAGGAAAAACACAAAGUGGACCAGCUGAGAGGGGGCGGAGCUCCAUCUCCGUCCAAAAGCCCAAGUGACGAACUCUCCAAGAAACCCGACUGCGUUUGCAAAUGAUCCCAAGGUUCGGGUUCGAUCAAGCGUCCGUCUCUUUCCUCCCGCUCCUCCGUGAUUGAUUGGAGGAGUCCACGGGCCGGCACCCCCAUCGCGUCUCCAGGCGCUCACACGCCUCAUGAUUGGUCCGCCUCGUGCGCCCGCGGCCACCGGGAGCGCCUCCUCUCAUAAACCCCGUCAGAGCCGCGCCGGGCUUCCCCAUUACUUCCAAGACAAGCAGCGGCUCACUGUCGGGAAGCGUUCCGUGCGACCUAUGGCACACAACUAGCAGGUACGUGGCGGAGAGCGACUCGCGUCUCGUCUUCUCGCCGCUCCGGGGCUCCUCCGCUCGUGGCGCACAGCUGGCGCAAACAUCUGGCCGAGUGGCGGCGAGCGCAGCAGGAACGGGCUCAUCACCGCGGAGUAUUGUUUUAUCGCCCCCGCCUGCCUCCCGGUCCUUAUCUGCCGUGGCGCUUAUCAAACGGUUAUCUCUUUUGCUGUGAAGACAUAUUGCGUUUUGUUUCCUAUCUCUCGUGAGUGCGUGCGCUCGCGUGUGUUCGUGCGCGUGUGUGGGAGGACGGGGGUUUGACACGGAUGGGUUCAGGGCUCUUAAACGCUCUUGAUGGGAGCGUGGCAGUCCCCGCAGGCUGGACGUGUUUUAUUAUUGGAGCGGGAGGUGAUGCGGGAGUGAGCGAACACGCGGUUUAACUUUAAUAUUCAGACGGAGCGUUUGGUUUCACACAACGGUUGACGGCUCCGUUAAAGAUGAGCCCCAGCGACUCAUCCAAGGGCGGACUACUCCCUGAGCAUUUUAUUAACCCCUACGGUGUAUGGAAAGUGCUCCUGGAUGGACCUGGGCGAAAACAGCUGGUCCAUGGUCAAGCGAGAAGCCUCCAGCAGCCCAGGGUCGCCGGCUGAACACGCCUACCUGCCCGUGGACGGCAGGAGGGACGCCGCGGUGUCGGACGAGCUGAGGACGACUCCGGGCGAGCUCGACGCUCUGGGGCACCGCCGCCCCGACGGCAGGUCGCUACACUCCUACGUGCACUUCGGACACCACAGCAACAGCCUGUCCGUGACCGAGGACAUCCCCCUCUUUACGGAUUUGGACCAGGGCAGCAAGCUCGUCCUCUCCAGCGGCGCGCACAAGGCGGGUUUGCUGGUGGACCCGGCCGACAUGUACCAAACGCUGGCCAUCGCCGCGGCCCAGAGCCAGACUGGAUAUGAUUCCCCCUCCGGCGGUUAUUUACACUCCAGCCCCAACUCCCCCGUGUACGUGCCCAGCUCCCGCGUGGGCCCCAUGAUCCCGAGCCUGUCGUACCUGCAGGCCAACAGCCCCGCGCAGCCCGGACACGCCGUCUCCAGCCACUCGGUGUGGACCCAGUCCGCCCCGGAGAGUCCGUCCUACAGCACCGGGAGCCCGCACACCUCCAGCCGCUUCCACUACCCUCCGAGUCCGCCCAUGAAUAACGGGGCGCCCCGGGACGCCGGCUACGGCAACGCGCUGAAUGUGGGCAGCAGAGACCAGUACGCACUGUCCCGCUCCCUCGGUACCACCUACGCGAGUCCGUACUCGCCGUACGUGGCCCCGCAGCUUCCCCAGCUGACGUCGCCGUGGAGCGGGGGGCCCUUCGACAACACGAUGCUGCACACCUUGCAGAGCAGGAGUGCGCCCUUGAUUCGAGGACCGAACGGAGUUUCAGACAUCCUGGACGACAUGGGCGAGAGCAGGGAGUGCGUCAACUGUGGAUCCAUCUCCACGCCGCUGUGGAGGCGCGACGGCACCGGACACUUUCUGUGCAACGCGUGCGGCCUGUACAGCAAAAUGAACGGGCUGAGCCGGCCGUUAAUUAAGACGCCGAAGCGGACGUCGACGUCCCGGAGAAUCGGCCUGUCCUGCGCCAACUGUCAAACCAGCACCACCACUCUGUGGCGCAGGAACGCGGAGGGGGAGCCGGUGUGCAACGCGUGCGGCCUCUACACGAAGCUGCACGGGGUUCCUCGGCCGCUCGCCAUGAAGAAGGAGGGAAUCCAGACCAGGAAACGAAAACCCAAAACACUGAACAAAACCAAGGGAUCCUCUGGAAAUAACAAUUCUGUCUCUAUGACUCCCACAUCCACCUCUUCAUCCAACUCUGAAGACUGCUCGAAAACCAGCUCUCCCUCCGGACAAGUGUCUGGGGUCAGCUCGUCCGUGCUGUCCGGCUCGGGGGAGGGACCCGGUUCCGGCGCGGCGGUGAAGUACCCGGGCCCGGACGGCCUGUACAGCAGCGUGAGCCUGAGCCAGGCUCCGGACGUGGCGGCGGUGAGGGGCGAGUCCUGGUGCCCCAUGGCGCUGGCCUGAGCGCCGGACCCCGGAGGAGCGGCGGAGGUUCGCUGACCUCCGGUCCGGACGCUCUGCGGGAAGCGUUCAGGCCCAGCGUUUGAUUCCCGCAGCUGGCGCGAGAGACGGACACAGGAAAAGGAUGCUUCGCUGUUUGGAGCUUGGAGCGUCUGGGAUCGGUUUCCAGAUUUCCACUGGGAUCUUGUUGCCUAAAAAGUAAAAUCUCGUUGCCUUAAAAAGAAACGGAGGAAACUCCACGCGAUCAUUCUGUGGAUGCUUUCUGGACCUGCUCUGCGCUCCAGAAAGAAACCCGUCCAGCGCAUAAUGGAUUUUCUCUGUGAAGACGCCGCAGAGCUGUCGAUUGGAUGGAUUCCAGCGCUUUGUGGACAUUCUGAGCGUCUCAUUCUUCCCACAACUGGAAUCACGCCACAAGUGCCGAGACAACUUUUUAAUCAGAAGGAAAAAAAAUAUUUAUAAAUCUCCCAUUGUUGAAAACAUGGCUGUGAUUGUUAAUAAAGAUAUGGAUAUAGAGUAGAAGCUAAAUCAUUCUGAUGUCUUCUUUUCUGUUUGUUUUUCAAGUGGUUGUUAGUUGAACGUGCACGUUUUUCCACUGAAGCUCGGCUGCAGUCGUUUGGUUUGAACAGGGUAUAAAUGAUGUCCGAGCGUUGUUUGCUCGUCUAUUUACCGACGUGAAUCAGCUCCCACAGACGGGCUUUUCUUUGCUGUGGCAUUAAGGUACUUUUUUUUUUCAAACACGCGUGGGCCGGCGCCGCCCGAUCAGAACCGCGGUGACUCAAACGGGUGCCGCUGAGGACUAAUGGGAGCGCAACCAGCCGUUUAACGCGACAAGGUGGACAAUGAGGACAGGAGACGGAGGAGGCCAGUGCUCCCCUGAAGCGCGGAGGAGCAGGUGCUGCUCAACGCCGACGUGCUGGAGGCGCGUCUGAUUCUUCACCUCCUCACUGGUUCUGCCCCAGAGCUGCACACAGGCCACAGAACAAUCAGGGAGACGUCCCCUGUCAAAGCUGGCAUCAAGGGUUAUUUCUUUUAUUAUUACUAUUAUCAUCUUUUUUUCUGUCUUCAUGUCAUUCAUUCUGCUGGACUUAUUUAUUUCUUCAAAUAUCAUGUUAUAUAGUUCAACAAACAUUUUCUUGUUGUGUUUUUUUUUUCCCUGGAAAUUAUUUUUAUUUAAAUUCAGCCCAAUAAAUUGCUCUGGUGA